UGCAACUUUCAUUUCAUUCUUUAACAACCAACGCUCAACGCGGCAAACUCUGCUCCCAGCCGGGAAUGUCUGGUAAUAUCAGAAGGGUUCUAUUUUGUUCUUUCAACGAAAUUAAUUCGAAGAGAACAAAAAAGGACAACUCCAAAGAUGGAAACCACAGUCCACAGUGUCCAUUCGGUCGGAGCAAUGCACUUUCUAUAAUCUAAGUUUAAUCAUCCUAAAACGUCCGAUUCAUUUCCCCUUUCUAUUUUUUUUAUUUAUUUCUACGGAUCGGUCAAAUUCUUAACCUGCGAUCCUCUUUUUCUUUCUUCUCUUCUUCCGGAGAAGAGUUUCUUACAAAAGGCCUAUUUUUUUUUUGUCUUCUGCCGUUAUUUUCAUUCCGAUGGAAGACGUAUACAAGGACAAUCCCUUCGCAGAUGAUGAAAUCAACCCAUUUGCGGGUUCUGGGAGUACCACACCAGCAUCGAACACUAAGCUUUCCCCUCUUCCUCCUGAACCCGUUGACUAUGAUCGCAGUGCAACUGUUGAUAUCCCCCUGGAUACCUCCCAGGAUUUAAAGAAGAAGGAGAAGGAACUCCUAGCUAGGGAGGCUGAACUGAAAAAGAAGGAAGAGGAACUUAAAAGGAGAGAAGAUGCCAUUAAAAGAGCUGGGGUUGUAAUAGAGGAAAAAAAUUGGCCACCUUUUUUCCCUAUCAUUCACCAUGAUAUCUCAAAUGAAAUUCCAAUCCAUCUUCAGAAGUUGCAGUAUGUGGCAUUCACUACAUUGUUGGGACUUGUUGCCUGUCUCAUUUGGAAUACUAUAGCAGUUACCUUAGCUUGGAUUAAGGGUGAAGGUCCAACAAUAUGGUUUCUUGCUAUUAUUUACUUGAUAUCAGGUGUUCCUGGAGCCUACGUUUUCUGGUACCGCCCUCUCUACCGUGCAAUGAGGACUGAUAGUGCAUUGAGGUUUGGCCAAUUCUUCUUAUGUUAUUCGAUCCACAUUGGAUUUUGUGUUGUUGCUGCUGUUGCACCUCCCAUCUUCUUCAAGGGGAAAUCUUUGACUGGUAUGUUACCUGCACUUGAAGUUUUAAGCGACAAUGCGUUGGUUGGGAUCUUCUAUAUUAUAGGAUUUGCAUUCUUCUGCAUUGAAUCACUGAUAAGCAUAUGGGUCAUUCAGCAAGUGUACGCAUAUUUUCGAGGAAGUGGCAAAGCUGAAAAGAUGAAGCAGGAGGCUGCGAGAUCAACGAUGAUGGCAGCACUAUAACUGCAUGAUCGAUGGACUUUCAAUUCUGCACCUUUUUCUCAUACAAUGAUUGUUUUUAUUUUUAUUUUUAUUUUUUAUAUUUACAUUCUCUUUUAACACCUCAAUUCUUGAGAGCUUUGCUAAAGGGUUGCUUAAAUAGAUUAGGUUAUGGUGCUAGAGGCAGUGUAUGCAAGUCCGUUUUUUACCGAGUUGAAUUUGACUUUUGGCAUCAGAC